AUGUUGAAACUGCGUAUGCUGAGAGUGACCAAUGCUCUGGUACGAGAAUGCAUGGCUGAAAUCUUGGGAACUUUUGUCUUGCUGCUCUUUGGCUGUGCCGCUGCAGCACAGGUGAAGACCAGCAGGGAAACUAAAGGCCAGUAUCUGUCAGUCAACAUGGCCUUCUCUGUGGGUGUGAUGUCGGCCAUGCACCUCACCAAGGGAGUCUCAGGUGCCCAUCUGAACCCAGCGGUGACUCUGAGUUUUUGUAUUUUGGGGAAGGUUCAGUGGAGUAGACUGGUGCCAUAUUGCCUGGCCCAGUUACUGGGGGCUUAUUUGGGAUCAGCACUGGUCUAUCUGGUCUAUCAUGAUGCUAUUAUGGAGUUCAGUGGAGGAGUGUUGACUGUAUAUGGUCCAAAUGAGACAGCGUCUAUAUUUGCCACAUAUCCCACUGAGUACCUCACUUUGGAAGGAAGUUUCCUUGAUCAAGUCGUGGGCACUGGCAUGUUGUUGUUGUGCAUCCUGGGUUUGGAUGAAGAGAGGAACACCCCUGCUCCCUCCCAGCUGAUCCCUGCCAUAGUUGCAGUAAUCGUCCUCGGGAUCUCCAUGUCAAUGUCAGCAAACUGCGGCGCUGCAAUAAAUCCAGCUCGUGACCUUGGGCCACGUCUCUUUACACUAACUGCUGGCUGGGGCACUGAAGUCUUCACGUGUUACAAUUACUGGUUCUGGGUACCACUGGUGGCUCCUCUUAUUGGAGGUGUUUUAGGUUCCUGCAUGUAUUUGAUCUUCAUCCACUGGCAGCUGCCUGACCCAGGGUCCCCUGACAACCUCCCUCUCGUCUCUACCAUUAGUGACAAAAUCAAGCAGCCAGACGACAACUGGGAAAAAGGCGAUGAGUUAAAGACUGCAAACUUUUAA